UACAUCGACCUUCAUCAAAAUACCGUAUUUCCUUCAAAAAGUAGUAGAAAAUUAUUAGCAGCGCGUCGUUAAUAACAAACAUCAUAUCGACCACUUCAGAAAACAAUCAUUGCCGAUAUUAAUGAAAUGAUACAUACCUGAUUGAUGUCAUCUCUAGCCUUUAUUAUUUUAAUGUUACAAGUUUCUGUACCGGUGGAUUAUAGAAUUAUAGUGUCGAUUUAAACAUUCACUUUCGAUCGGUCGAAGCAGUUGUGGUUUAGUUUCUGCAAAAAUGAGUAACAGAACUCCUAUGAUUGUGCCAACUCGGAGGCACGAACUACCAGAUGAAUCUGACGAUGGAAUUCUUGGUGUGAGCGAGUUCACAAAAAACAAGAACAUCUGGAAGGCACUUCUCGCCGAAUGCCUAGGAACAUUCCUCCUGGUAUUCAUAGGAUGCGGUUCCUGUAUAAAUAUGAUCGAAGGAGAUGGUGGGGCAAUUAUUAAAAUUUCCUUCGCGUUUGGUCUGACGAUAGCCACUGUUGUUCAGGCGAUAGCUCAUGUUAGUGGAGGCCACAUUAAUCCUGCCGUCACUUUCAGCUUUGUUUGUACUGGAGAUGUUAAGAUCGUUAAAGGCUUGUGUUACUUAGUUGUUCAAUGUAUUGGAGCUAUUGGAGGAUCUGGUUUAUUGAAGUUGGUUGUUCCUGACUCUAAAGUUGGAGCCUUUGGACUCACCGAUACCCACGAUAGCUUAUCUGACGUACAAGGAAUGGUUAUGGAAGCUGCUUUGACGUUCAUGUUCCUACUUGUCAUCCAAGGAGUUUGCGAUGCCUACCGAAAAGACUUGAAGGGAUCUGGUCCUUUGGCUAUUGGAUUAGCUGCAGUCGCUUGCCAUUUGACUGGAAUUCCAUACACGGGAUCAAGUAUCAACCCCGCUCGUUCCUUUGGACCAGCUGUAAUCAUGAACCAUUGGCAUCAUCACUGGAUCUACUGGGUUGGUCCUCUGCUUGGAGGAGGUCUCGCUGGGGUUAUCUACAAGAUCUUAUUUAAAGUACGAAAAGACGAAUCAUACGACUUAUAAAUUUAAUACUCAUCAAUAAUUUUAGUUCUUAACUACGUAAUUUUUUGUUAAUUAUAAAUAAUUUUAUUUUAUUUAAAUAUACCUAACAAAACUUUU